GUGGAGAUCCGACCACAGUUCAAAUCCCGAUUGAUGAUCCUAUACGACAACAUAUUCAACGUAUGCCAAUACGUAAAGGUAGUUUACUUGUAUGGGACAGUCGAUUACCACAUGGAAACUAUCCGAAUAAUUCAAAUCAUAUGCGAAUUGUACAAUAUUUACACAUGGCACCAAUAACAGAUGAAGCUCUGCGUCCUUUUCCAUUAACAAGAAAAGACUUGCCGGAAAAAUUUCAAUUGACUGAAUUAAGUGAAAAAUUGUACGGUUUCAAACCAUGGGGAUCGGCGUAUGCACGUGCACGUUUUCGUGAGAAGAGAAAUCAACGAGUUCUAGAACAAGCCGAGUACGAACGACAAUUGAGGAAUGCAAUGAAAGCUCAAUGUCAAGAAGCUAAGACGAACUGA